GCGUACGAGUGGCACCGCACACUUCUCCGCCCUCACCCCCUGUCUUGUGCCUCUAUAAAUCCACCGGCGUUUCAGCUCUCCUCGACGAGGCCGGACAACACUGCAACGAAGAAGUGCUCUGCUUUUGGCUCAAGAACUCAAGAACAGAGAUCGGAGAUACAUCGAUGGCUACGUUCGCAACGUCGACGGCGGCGGUGAUGGGAUCGGCUCGCCCGGGGCGGGUGGCCGGGCCUCGGCGGUGCGUGGUGGCGCGGGCGUCCUCGACGAUGGCGGCGCCGGCAGCGGUGGCCGCAGGGAGGACGCACUACGAGGUGCUCGGCGUGGGCGCGGGGGCCAGCCGGGGGGAGAUCAAGGCGGCGUACCGGCGUCUGGCCAGGGAGGUGCACCCGGACGCUGCUGGUGGUGGCGGCGACGAGCGGUUCAUCCGGCUGCACGCGGCCUACGCCACGCUCGCUGACCCCAACGAGCGCGCUCGCUACGACAGGGACGUGGCCUGCCGUGCCGCGGGCGUGAUGAUGCGGCGGACGGCCGCGGCCGGGCCGUCGUUCCGGCGGAGGACGUGGGAGACCGACCAGUGCUGGUAGGACGUACGGCCUGGCAAACGCGGCUGCCCUCCGGGGCCCCAACCGGCGGCCGCCCGGUUUGCUCAGGCACGGCGCUGAGAUGGUCUUUCCGACUGUCUUGCAACGUACGAUCAGAUUGGGUGACGCAGACGCGGGAGCUCUGUACACGGCAAGAGGCGUUUUUAAAGAUCUCUUGCGCGUCCGGCCAGCAAGAUGCAAAUAUGUAAAUUAAUUAGUUACCUACUGUAAAUUAACAGCCAAGGAAUAUAUGGUAGCUCUCUUUGGUAAUAGAAGGAAUUAGUUACCUCCAUGUCGGUUGUUUCUUCUUCGAAAGUUGUCUCUU